AUGCACAUUCCCAUUGAUAACAACCUGCGACCAGAAAUACUCGACCACGCAUUUUUCGGGGACUUGGCCAGGAUUAAUUUUACGCCAAUUUUUCGUGCUGAGCGCGAAAACCUCGGCCUCAGGAGGCACGGGCCUCACAACCUUGUAGUCAUCGUGCAUAGGAUCAUAUCCGAACCCGAGCACGCGAACGUGAGAGUAAGGCUCGUGGCCCGGAUUAUUGGAAUCUGGGAGCACGAAUUUCCUUUUGAUCGAUGGGUUCCAGAGCAGAAUCGGGCCGGGCCGCCCGAAGAGGUCGUCCGAGAGGCAGAGCACGCCGUUGCAGGAGCCGACGAUCCGGAAAUAGAAUCGGGCGAGGUUGCGAAAAGGGUACUCGAUUUCGGUGCCUUCUUCUUUCAAGUCCUCGCAGUCGAAUUCGCGGUGGAGAGAGUAGAGUUCGAGGAUGAUGGAAUUUUUGUGUGCUGUAAAUGGGGAGUCGAGGGAUGUGGAAUGAAGGGGGAAAAAAACAUGGCAGCUUUAUCAGGAUGUGUAGUAGGAAAUGGUUUAUCUGCUGGUAAUACAAGAAACACUUUGAGCAAAGAAAUUUACGGUAGGCGGUUGAUCCUAUCCUCACGCCUUCGGCUACUGAAUAAUGCAUCCAAAGUUGAUAACAUCAGGGCAUCUCUAGAUCGAGUAACCAAAGGAGGAAGAAGAGGCUUUCUGAAAUUUUUGCUCAGUAAUGCUGGGCUUGCUGUGCCUUCGCUACUAAGCAACGACAGAGCCAUUGCUGAUGACCAAGGUGUUUCCAAUUCAAGAAUGUCUUAUUCCAGAUUCCUUGAGUAUCUGGAUAAGGAUAGAGUCAAAAAAGUUGACUUGUUUGAAAACGGAACCAUUGCCAUCGUUGAAGCUAUAUCCCCCGAGCUUGGCAACCGUGUCCAGAGAGUCCGUGUACAGCUCCCAGGCCUCAGUCAGGAGCUUCUUCAGAAGUUUAGAGAGAAGAACAUCGAUUUUGCCGCCCACAACGCACAAGAGGACUCUGGAUCCUUUUUAUUUAACCUAAUUGGAAAUCUAGCCUUCCCUCUACUUCUGAUUGGGGGUCUUUUCCUCCUCUCAAGAAGAUCCUCCGGAGGAAUGGGCGGGCCCGGAGGGCCCGGUUUCCCCCUCACGUUUGGCCAGUCAAAGGCUAAGUUCCAAAUGGAGCCCAAUACAGGUGUCACUUUCGACGAUGUUGCUGGCGUGGACGAGGCCAAGCAAGACUUCAUGGAGGUGGUCGAGUUCCUGAAGAAGCCCGAGAGGUUUACUGCUGUGGGUGCUCGUAUUCCGAAAGGAGUUCUUCUGGUGGGCCCUCCCGGUACAGGUAAGACCUUGCUGGCCAAGGCAAUAGCUGGCGAGGCUGGAGUCCCGUUUUUCUCCAUAUCGGGUUCGGAGUUUGUUGAGAUGUUUGUCGGGGUUGGGGCCUCGAGGGUUCGUGACCUUUUCAAGAAGGCCAAGGAGAAUGCUCCCUGUAUCGUGUUUGUUGAUGAAAUCGAUGCCGUUGGACGGCAGAGAGGGACGGGCAUCGGUGGAGGGAAUGACGAGAGGGAGCAGACCUUGAACCAGUUACUGACAGAAAUGGACGGUUUUGAAGGUAACACGGGCAUUAUCGUCAUUGCAGCCACUAACCGUGCUGAUAUUCUUGAUUCUGCCCUGCUGAGACCCGGAAGGUUUGAUAGACAGGUGACUGUGGAUGUCCCAGAUAUUCGUGGAAGAACAGAGAUCCUAAAGGUUCAUGGGGGAAAUAAGAAGUUUGAUUCGGAUGUAUCGCUUGAAGUGAUAGCUAUGAGGACACCUGGGUUUAGUGGGGCAGAUCUUGCGAAUCUCUUGAACGAGGCAGCUAUUCUUGCUGGCCGGCGUGGGAAGACGGCCAUCUCAUCGAAAGAAAUUGACGACUCAAUUGAUAGGAUAGUUGCCGGAAUGGAGGGAACGGUUAUGACUGAUGGCAAGAGCAAGAGUCUUGUGGCGUACCAUGAAGUGGGUCAUGCCAUCUGUGGAACUCUUACCCCGGGGCAUGAUGCUGUUCAGAAGGUCACCUUAGUUCCUCGCGGUCAAGCACGUGGUUUGACCUGGUUUAUCCCCGCAGACGAUCCAACCUUGAUCUCAAAACAGCAACUUUUUGCCAGGAUUGUUGGUGGGCUCGGUGGACGAGCUGCAGAGGAGAUUGUAUUUGGUGAGCCCGAGGUCACAACUGGUGCAUUUGGUGAUUUACAACAGAUAACUGGUUUGGCCAAACAGAUGGUUGUUACAUUCGGCAUGUCUGAGAUAGGUCCGUGGUCGCUCAUGGACUCGUCUGCCCAAAGUGGUGAUGUGAUUAUGAGAAUGAUGGCACGGAAUUCAAUGUCGGAAAAACUUGCCGAAGAUAUUGAUGCUGCAGUCAAGAGGAUCUCGGACGAGGCCUACGAGAUUGCCUUGAGCCACAUACGAAACAACCGUGAAGCUAUGGAUAAGAUUGUGGAGGUUCUUCUCGAGAAGGAAACAAUGACUGGGGACGAAUUCCGGGCUAUCCUCUCAGAGUUCGUCGAGAUUCCAGCUGAGAAUCGAGUAUCGUCUACUGCGGCUGCUGUUGCUGUAUAAUUGUGUACACAUACUUGUGAUGAACUUCAUGUCAUAGACCGUAAUUGAUUUUGGUGCAACAUACUAUUGUUUUGCCUUGUACUAAGUUCAAAGUCCCACAUGUUUAAUAGUUGAAACGAAUACUUGAGCUGUUUUUGCCGUUUUUUCUCAGUCUUUUGGUGUAAAGAGAGGAAUGAUUUAUACAAAAAAAUACUUGGUUUUGUUAUGAAUAAGUGGAUUUGCCACUAUCUUAUCACUAUUGCAAAGAUGAAUUGUAUGAAGGAGAUCAAAUAUAAUGCCUGAGAAUUUAAGGCAAGUGACUGUAAUGGGAUUGACUUGUAGAGACGGAAGAAAAAAGAAAAUUAGU